UCGCAUUCGCAACGCAGGGAAUGUUGUAUUUUGUACUUUCGUAAUUUUAUUCGUAUUUGCAUAAAAUAAGCUAAAAAUGAUUUUAUUAUCGCAUUUUAUGUCAUAUUCCUAAUUUUAAUAGCGUUCCGGCCCGUCGCAUUAAGUUGCGAUGGACGGACCAGACGAAGGGGUCCUGGAUGUGGAUCUGUUAGCUGAUGAUGGGUCAGACGAUGAGAGCGAGGUCCCGCCGUCCUCAGAUUUCUACCCUGGCCCAGCAUCCACACCAACAUCAUGUGCUUCUUCACCACGGGGCGAGGAGCCAGCUUCGCCACUGGCAGUGGUAUCACAGCCAGCAUUCUUCCAUCACCAGGCCUAUACUCGCCCAUUCUUUACAUCUGGGAGGAGGGGCCCGGGAAGACCACGCAAAGAGGGUCCCAAGCUGGCACGUGAAGGGAAAAUAGUUAGAAGAUAUAGAGGCAAUUUAGCUGGCUCCGUCAGGGGUGCAAAAAGACACCGCACCAGUCGAGAUGAGGCCCCUGAUGACAUAGUAGAUGAGGAUGACUUCACCAUGCCUGCACCUGAAGAACCACCCUAUAUGCCAGAAAAAUGGCCAGGAAAAGUAUGUGCCUUAUGCAACCUGAGCGAACGCAGCCAACUGGGGCAGGGCGAGAUGCGUCAGUUCGCUUGUCCGGUGGACACAGACGGCAGCACCACCCCUGUGGUGAGCAACUCGGGGGGCGCCACCCCCACGAGCACGCCCAGCACCCCCGUGCAGACCCUGCCCGCAGGGCUGGCCUCACCACCGCCAGAGCUGAUGGAUGGAAGCCAGCAGCAACAGGCCAUGCCAUUGAGCAGACGGCAGAAGGCUUUCAAUAAAUGCAAGACUCCAUUAUACAACAUGGAGCACACAGAUGAGCUAUCCAUCAUUGGGUUUCUGGAUUGCUUGGAACUGCCAGCAGUGGUAUCAUCCGGUAUGCUGUACGUUCACCGAUGCUGCCUUGAAUUCAGCCCCCCAUUCCACGACCAAGUUGCUGCUGCAUGUAACUCUGAAGAGGACAAAGAGCAACUGGAGGAGGCCAGGGUCAGGGGCAUUGUUACAGCAGCCCUCAAUAGAAAAUGUGCCUUUUGCCUGCGACAUGGAGCAAGCAUACCCUGCAAGUUUAGCUGUAGUAAAUACUUCCAUCUGCCGUGUGUUCUUGCAUCUGGUGGCUUUAUGGACUUCCAAAGCAGAUCGUCAUUCUGCAAAGAUCAUUUAUACCAAGUGCCUGUUGAUUGUUCAGCUGACAUAGACUGCCGAACGUGUCGCACCAUCGGCGACAUAACGAACCUGAUGACGUGCGUGGCUUGCGGCGGCCACUACCACGGCACCUGCGUGGGGCUCGCCCAGCUGCCCGGCGUGCGCGCGGGCUGGUCGUGCCGCGCGUGCCGCGUGUGCCAGGUGUGCCGCGGCGAGGCGGGCGCGGGCGCGGGCGAGGCGCGCGCCGUGGCGUGCGAGCACUGCGACAAGCUGUACCACGCCACGUGCCUGCGCCCCGUCAUGGCCACCGUGCCCAAGUACGGCUGGAAGUGCAAGUGCUGCCGCGUGUGCAGCGACUGCGGCGCGCGCUCGCCCGGCGCGGGGCCCUCGUCGCGCUGGCACGCGCACUACACCGUCUGCGACUCGUGCUACCAGCAGCGCAACAAGGGAUCGUGUUGUCCGCUGUGCCGGCGCGCCUACCGUGCUGCUGCCUACCGGGACAUGAUACGGUGUUCCACCUGUCGCAGAUAUGUCCACGGACUUUGUGACCCGGACGCGGAUCCGCAACAAUACAGACAUAAGAAAGAGCAAAACCCGACUUACGAAUACAGCUGUCCCAUAUGCAAAGCGAACCAACAGCUGACUGGAUCCAAACCUGGCUCCUUUGAAGAUGACAAUAUGGCGUCGACGUCGCAAGACUCAUCGUUUGGUGACGAUACACCGCAGGACCAAGACCCUCUUGCUCUUGAACCCAAGGUUGUUUCUCAAAUUGACGUGGGCCUCGGUAAAGGAAAACCGUAUACAGUUUCAUCAAAAGUAGCCAAAAAAAAAAUAGGUGGCUACAAAUUAAAAGGUGGCUACCCACCUGCUGGAAAACUUGGCUUUCAAAAGCGGCAGAGAUCUGUUUUUGACUUGGGCCGAAAGAGAGGUUCUAAGCCGAAGAUGAGAGGAGUGUUCGGGGUCCCAGGGUUGGGGCUGCAGAGACCUCAAGCGCCUGACAAUAAAACAUCUGACGAUGAUCCAGGAGUAGAGAACAAACUGGUGCUGUGCUCGAGUAAGGACAAGUUCGUGCUGACGCAAGACUUGUGCGUGAUGUGCGGCGCCAUCGGCACGGACUCGGAGGGCUGCCUCAUAGCGUGCUCGCAGUGCGGGCAGACUUACCAUCCCUAUUGCGUCAGCAUUAAGGUAUCUCAAGUGAUAGUAAGCCUGGGCUGGCGCUGCCUGGACUGCACAGUGUGCGAGGGCUGCGGCUCACGCGGCGACGAGCCGCUGCUCGUGCUGUGCGACGACUGCGACACGGCGUGGCACACGUACUGCGCGCGCCCCACGCUGCCCGACGUGCCGCGCGGCGCCUGGCGCUGCCCACGCUGCCGACGCUGCCUGGUCUGCGGCACGCGCGACACCGCGCUCUGGUGCGAUAACUACACUGAAUGCGCUCCGUGCGCGUCGCUGGUGAUGUGCUGCGUGUGCACGGAGCCGUACUCGGACGGGGAGCUCAUCAUCCAGUGCACGGGCUGCUCGCGCUGGCUGCACGCCGCCUGCGACUCCAUCCGCAGCGAGGCCGACGCCGAGACCUGCUGCCGAGCCGGGUACAAGUGCCUACUAUGCCGCGGGCGGGACGUACCGCCGCCGCACCUAGCGCGCGCCAUAGAAGCAGCCCGCCCGCCCACUCCACCUGCCGCGCGGCCGCGUCUCACCGCGCUGGCGCUGGGGCUGGCGGGCGAGUACUACGUGGACGACGUGUGCCUGUCGCAGCGCGGCGCGCACCACAUGAAGCAGCUGGAGGCCGAGAUGGGCAUAACGCACACGAGGAGGAAGCGGAGAUUCAAGAACGAGAACAAUGAGAAGGAUGCCGAAAUAAUGGCAUCUAUUGAAACAGUGGUUCAGAAUGCAGAAGGCGAGCUGGGCGACGACUCCAAGCCCGACAGCACCGCCGAAGUCAAAGAGGAGCCGGGUCUGACACCAACAAGUAAUCUAAAAGAGGGAAUCCUCUGGAACAUCGCCAACGACGGGCCGGUGCCCGAAGGCUUCACCAUAUACACCACAGACUCCGGGCUGACUGUGCUGAGACGUAAGCGACAGAGGAAUCUGAACAAGCUCGGCAUCGGCGGCUUUGUGGUGCGACAGAGACAGAACACCAAAGCUCAGGCGGACGACGAGAAAGAGGGAGACGGGACACAGGGCUCUAGUGAUUCUCCGAGCAACAAACGUAAGCCGCGCCGCAAGCCGCGUUCGAAGCUGAUGGAACAGUUCCCGUCCUACAUGCAGGAGGCGUUCUUCGGCAAAGAGCUGCUCGAGCCGUCUAAACCCGCUGUUACUUCCACUGGUGCAGGAGGUAUGUUGGAGGGCGAGGUCGCGCGCGGCGCUACUCCGGAGGGCUACCGCGAGCUGCGAGACUUCGACAAUUCGGACAGCGACGGCGAGGACGUGCUCUCCGCGCUCUACUCCGUCAACGACCACGACAACAGCGUGUUCAUCACUCUCAACACUGAAGAGAGUGACAUCUUGCAAUCAUUGAGGCCUAAGGAGGAGAAAGACGAUGGGAACUCCUUAUUGGACGCCACAAAGAUAAAGACUGAAGCAUCGGAGGAGUGCCAGCUGAGGCACACGGAGGACUCGACCGCGCUGAAGAACGCCCUCUUGGGCCCGCCGCCGGCUGACGGCGACGCCGCGCCCGUUGAUGCGCCUCUACACACUCCCAAACAAGAAAACAUCAGUGCUGAAACAAGCGUGGGCUCGCAGUCUUCGCGCAUCUCACCAAAGGACGAGCUGUCUCUGCUGGGAGUGAGCCUGGACGCGAUGGUGCGCGACUCGCUGCCCGACAUGGACAGCAACGACGUCGACGAGAUAUUCAAGGGCGUGCUCACGGAUGACUCGCAGGAAUCUCAAGAAUCGACAGUAUCGUACGUGAACUCGAUGACCGGGACCCCAUACUCUCAACGGCAGCAGCUACAGAGCCCCAUGGAAUACGCAUCACCUUAUCAUUCCGAGUUUGGCAGUGGCAGCGCCCUCAGUCCUCUGUACGGCGAGUGCAGCGGUGGGUCCGGCGCGAGCGCGGGCGCGGGCGCGUGGAGCGACCAGCCCGCGCCUCCGCCCUCCUACAACCAGCGCAGUGCGGACAAGAUGCGCGCUGACGAGAGUCUAGGUUCAGCGGCCACAAUAUCAGCAGUGCUAUACGCCAACACCAACCACCCGGAAUGGAAAACAGAGUUCCCCAAUUGGGUCGACCGGUGCAAGCAGAUACUGAAGAAAUGGCGGGCCCUGCCCUCCGAACAGAAGGCGCCGUACCUCCAACGCGCGAGGGACAACCGCAGCGCAAUCCGCAUGAAGAAAGCUCAGCAGAGCACGAGCGGCCCGGCGAGCGCGGGAGCCGGCGGCGCCGAGGACGGCGCGCGCUCCCCGGCCACGCCCACGCCCACCGCGUCGGCGCCCACCACGCCCAGCCCCCUCGCCGCGCCCCCCGCGCCCCCCACGCCCACGCUCCCGGCGCCCGCCGCGAGCGCGCCCACGGUCGGCCCCGGCGGCACGGAGCAAGAGCGAGCGUGCAGUCAACAGAGAACCGCACGCGAAGCUGAACAAGAGCGGCAGUGGAAGCAGUUGCAGCAAAUGCGUCAGCAGCAAACGCAACAGCAGCAGCAGAUCAUACACGACCAGAGGAUCCAAGCAGCGAUGCAGCGUAUCCGCGGGCCCGACGGCAGCAGCCCGCCCGGCGCCGGCAGCGCGCCCUCCCCCGCGCCCGCCGACGCGCCCCGCGCGCCCUUCCCCGCGCAGCGCUUCCCGCUGUACGCCACCAACGAGGACAUCAACCGCCAGCUGCGCGACCUGCUGCAGCGGCACCCGCACCCCGACAAGCUGUGGCCGCCCCAGCGCGAUACAGAGCCCGGCGGCGACGACAGCGUGUCAGCGAGCGCGGGCGCAGAAGGCGGGUCGUUCCGCGCGCCGCCGCCCGUGGCGCUGCGGGCGCGCGCGCCGCUGCCGCACCAGAUGCCCAUGCAACAUCGGCCCGACCACAUGAUUAUACAACACCGUCUCAUCGGAGGCGACAACUCUCAAAUACAACAAAACAUCGCAAACGCGGCCGCACAACAGAUGGCCGAGCAGAAGCAAAUCGCUGCCUCUCAGGGGAAUGCUACUACUGAUAAACAAGAUAGUGGACAUGAUCAAGGGACGGACGAAAUGGAUAUCGGCGAUAUGGACAAGCUUGAACAAGAUACAGGCAACAUUGGAGAGGUUGACAUUCUAACGGGCCUGAGUGGUGAGGAUGAUGAGAAGCUUCUGGAGUCUCUGACGUCAGAGAUAGGCGAGCAGUUCAACAUACUGGAGUACGCGGACCCGGAGCUGGCGGCGCUGGGCGACGAGCACCUGCUGGACGGGCUCGACCUGCCGGACGACGUGGCCGACCGCGACCAUCCGCACCAGAAACGCAUUCCCGAAGACGACUCUGAGCAAAAAGGCGACAACAAGAUGGACAGCGAACUACAGAAAGCCGUAAAGAACAUAGAGUACGCCAAGAUGACUGUGAAAUCUGAACUCGGGGAGGUUAAAUCGGAGAUUCUAGAAGCAAAAACAGAAGUCCCUGUCUCCUCGAGCAUGGGACAAAUGUUCCAAGACAAUGUCCAAAGAGUAAUAUCACAGAACCACCAAAUUGCAUUACAUCAGCAGUCCAUGCAGACGGUGAAGGGCGAGGUGAAGGCGGAAUGCGAAGACAGCAAGGAGAGCGAAUGGCCGCGUCCCGUCUUCUCGCACAUGUUCGGACUUCAGAUACCUACUCAGCAAAGUCAGCAGAUCCGCGCCGGGCCGCAGGGCGUGGCGCAGCAAGUGUCGGCGCGCCCGCAGGGACAGAUCAUCAACCAGCAUGUGCAGUUCACUCAGAACCCCAGCGCGGCGGUGAGCGCGCUGAGCGCCAGCACGCAGAGCAUCGUGAACGCGAUGACGGCGCAGGUGCAGGCGGCGCUGGCGGCGGGCCGCUCCAUCGCGCCCGGCACGCGGCUGCUGGGCGCGGACGGCGCCGUGGGCGUCGUGCGCCAGGAUCGCUCCGUGGCGCUGGCCGCGCUGCCGCACUCCGCGCGCGGUAUGGUGGCCGCGGCCCGACAGCUAGCGCCCACCUCGCUGCGACAGGACGCGCCGCUCGCCGUUUCCGCGCUUACUGCGAACCCUGGUGCACCAGGAGUCCGCAGCGCUCCCCCGCCGCCCUACCCCGGCCUGCGCGCGCCGCCGCCGCCGCCCUACCCGCAGUUACAGGCGCCCUUUGACGCGGACUGGGGCGACUGGCUGCACCGCCGCCCGCUGCUGCUGCAGAACGUAAACCAGGAGCAACCGUUGCUUCUGGAGGAGCUGUUGGAGCAGGAGAAGCGCGAGCAGGAGCGCGAGGGGGGCGAGUGGAGCGCGGGCCCGCCGCCGGCCGUGGCGCCAGCGCCGCCGCCGCCCGCCGUGCCGCUGUUCGCCGCGGCCGCGCCGCCGCAGCCGCCGCCGCCGCCCGAGCGCGCCGCCAGCGAGGCCGACCAGCACGCGCGCCUGGCCUACGAGCAGUGGCUGGCCGCCUACAACACGUUCGCGUCCGACCAGCUGCGCUACUACGAGCAGGAGGUGCAGAAGCUGCGCAAGAUCCGCAAGUCACUGAAUAGUAAGCAGCGUCAACUUAGAAAAUCAGGGAACGAGCUGAUGCCGAACGACGCUGCGGAACUCCAGCGAGUGUCGACUGAACAACAGGCGUUACAGAAGCACUUGGAAGCUGCUAGGAAGCAAGCCAGACAGCACAGUAUGCUCAUUCAGGAGUACGAAACAAAACAGCGUCAACUAAACCCCCAGAUGGCACAACAAACAAUUAUAAAUCAACAGCAGAUAUCAAAUCAAACUGUAUUUGCUCAACAAAAUCAGAAUAUAAACCAAGGUCAACAAAUGCAACAGCAGACCACUUUAAACAGACCCAUGCAAAUAGGAUUGCAAGGUACCACAAUACAGCAGCAAACGUUGAUACGAACACAACAAACCGUGCUCGGUUCGGACGGGCAACCGCUGCCUCAACAGAGGAUAGGUUUAGUCACGUCGCCCCUCAACAGUCAGGGAAGGAUCUUACAAGGAGCACGAACGUUAGUCAUCGAGCAGACUGGGUCCCCGCAACAACAGCUGGUCCGCCAACUGUCCGGAGUGCAAGAGAGGCCGCAGUCAGUGAGCGGCAUAGUGCAGUUCAAUCAACAACAGAUGGCUAACGUCCGAAACAGCAUGCCCGUGGGAAACCAGACUCCGCGCCCCUCAAACCAGAGGCCGGUCAUGUCGCCGCUACAUGUUCAAUCUCCUCAUUCACAGUCACCCCUUCACUCUCUGGCUCCCCAGUCCCCUCUUCACCCGAUGGCGUCACCGAUGCAGUCCCCAUUGCAUUCUCAACAGUCUCCACUCCACCAUACGUCACAAUCUCCAUUGCAUUCGUCGACGCAGUCACCUCACCACACUCAGCAGUCGCCGAUGCAUUCUCAACAGUCGCCGAUGCACGUUCAACAGACGUCUAGUUUGCCGCAACAGAGUCCGAUGCAUCCACAACAAAGCCCGAUGCAUCCGCAGCAAUCACCUAUACAUCAACAGAGUCCUAUGCAUUCCCAAAAUCAAAUGACCACUCAACACUCCCCGAUGCAUCCGCAACAGAGUCCGAUGCAUCCGCAGCAAAGUCCGAUGCAUCCGCAGCAAAGUCCUAUGCAUCCGCAGCAAAGUCCGAUACAUCCGCAACAAAGCCCGAUGCAUCCUCAACAGAGUCCAAUGCAUCCGCAACAGAGCCCGAUGCACCAUCAACAAAGUCCAAUGCAUUCUCAACAAUCACCGAUGCAUUUACAACAGUCGCCGAUGCAUACCCAACAAUCGCCGAUACAAUCGUCAAUGUCUCCGCAACAUUUUAUACAUCAAUUUCAAGCUCAGAGAACAAGUCCACAACUGCCUACGCCUAGCCGCAGUCCACAGAUUUAUCAACAAUCACAAAUACAGAGUCCUGUUGCUUCGCAUUCACCACAACUACAAAACAAUGAUUAUACAACCGGAAGAUUUUCUCGACCAACACCUGGGUGUUCACCUUUACCUACACGUUUUGCUCGGCCACCACAUCAUCAGCAAGGAAUGCGUGUUGGUGUACCUUUUGUGGGACGCCAACAGACUUCACCGCUCGGUAGUCCGCAACCUCUGCCGUCACCUGGGAAUUCCGCAAAUGAAAUGACUCGUCAACAAAUCCUUCAAAGACAACAAUACAGUCCUAUGGGUGGUGCGCCCGCCUCUCCUUCACUGUCACGAUCACCUCACGUGGCUCGUACACCCACUCCAUCUGCGUCGCCUGCCGCUUCGCCAGCACCCCACCACGAGCAUGGCGGAGGCAACCAUCACCACCACCACAUGGCACCAUUUCCCCCAGGAUACAGAUACUUCAAACCCGGUCUCUUUGGUGGUGCUCCAGUGUGGCCAACAAAAGAAGACGAUCGGCGACGCACUACUCAUAUAAAUAAAGUCUCCAUACUAAAAAGACGUACGCCUCCUCGACCGAGGUUUGCGGGAAAGACUGGCGCUCCCGGCAGUGAAACCCGUUCCGAUGAUAUCGGCGAAACGAGUGACGCGAGGAAAUAUGUUCUAUAUUCUUCAGGCAGUGUUGAAUAUUCGAGUGCAUCAGAUGAUUCUGCUCGUAUGAGCUUUUCCAAAGAUGAUGACGACGAAGACAUGCAAGAUUUCGUCGACCAGUUGGAUGAUGAUGAUAUAGUUGUAGUAGAACCUGGUGCUAUAUCACCAGAAGAGCGAAUAGCUACAGAAGAAGAUUUUGAGGAACUGAUUGACAGUGGUAAGCCGGAAGAUGAAGUUGAGGAAGAGACUUUUCAAGAUAAACCUCCGACGCGCACAGAAACAACGACUAAAACUGUGGCAGUAAUAAGUUUAGCGCCCGCGAAACAACCGUCAUCCAAUAUGCAGCAAUAUAAAAUAGCAACUCAAGGUUCGGCACUCUCGCGUUUACCGGUGUUGAGCGCUACUGUGCUUUCACCACAUACAAAUACUAAAAUAUUGAAUGAAGUGUCGCAAGCUACAGUUGCGUCUGUGUCAAUUGCUAAUCAAACUAUUUCAGUACCCGUUUUAAAAAAUCUUUCCGUACCAAUAGCUAACGUCACUGGUCAUGCUUCUGGUAUACCUAAGCCCCAAAUGAAGAAAGUGCCUUUGAACAUAACUAAUCCUCCGCUGACUGUAAACAUGUCAUCUCAAUCUAUGCCUAAGCCCAUGAAUUCCGUAAUUAGUGUAAUAUCAUCUAAUGUCGCAAAAAAUGUCAAUAUGAAUCCAGUCAUUACUCUUGCUACCUCAAACACAAUUGCAGGUACAUCUAGGGUACCAGUUUCCAUUUUAACUCAGCCACAAGUAAAACAAAAGAUUGUGAAAACUAUAGAAAAGCCAAUGGCAUUGUCACUAUCCAACACAAAACUUUCAAGCUUAUCAGUAACACAUGAUGCUACUUUGCCUGCAAAAAUAUUUCAAGAUGAUGCUGCAUCACCAGAUAGCACAGUGACUUCAGAACAUAACACGGAUAUACAAAAUCCUUCUGUCAGCCAGCAUUUACUUUCUAUAUCAUCGCAAGAAAUGAAACUAAAAGAUCAACAAUCGUCCAUUCAACCAAACAAAGACAUUGAUAUCGAAAGUGAAAUCAGUAAACAAACAGAGUUACCACAUACUCUAUGUAUGUCAGAUCGAACUCCACUUUUACUAGGAAAGGCAGAUAUAAAGAGUCCAGAUCCUAUACCUGAAAAAAUACCAGACAAUAUUAUGGAAGGAGACGAUGAAGACAAGCCAGAAGACUCUUUACAGAACCAGUUGUUGUUGUCUUACAAUAAAACUCUACAGGAACAACAAAUACCGAAUACAGUUUCUACAGGCAAGAACUCUGAAGAAAAUGUAGUGAAGACUAUUAAAGCAAUAGCAAAUCAAACCAAAGAGAUGGUAAUUGAUUCAAAUAUGCAGAUAACUUCAGAUAUCACGCAAGAUUCGGUUCAGAUAUCAAUACCGUCACCAACUCCUUCACAAGAAAGAUAUUUAAAUGAUAUAACUAUGCGAGAACAUUCCGAAACGGUAGAAGGUGCACCUAAACAUGUAGAAUCAUUUGAGCAUAUGUUGAGUUUUCUGGAAAAUAUUACAGAUGAUAGUAAAAGACUGGGUAUGAAGCAAGCAAGUAUUAAAAAACCUACUCCACAGCUAGCUCAAAAUCCUAAUUUAAAUCCAAAUCUAGCGUCUAAGCAACAAGAAAGUAGGGAAUCACAAGAACCUAUUCCAAACCAUUCAAAUCAACCAUUUUCAACUAGAGAAGUUGAAAGGCUUGCUAUGCAAUCUGCAACAAUACCGCAAUUAUCUCCACUGUCACAACCAGCUGAGUUGACUUCUAAUAUGGCAAAUGUAUCACAGCAAUUACGGUCAAUAAUGUCUUCUUUAAAUACUAAUACUCCUAAAACUGAAACUCAGACUGUUAUGAGAAAAAACAGUGACGCUACGGCACCUACACAAGUCAACUUUGAAACUCUACUUCCGUCAUCAAAAGUAGAAAUAUCCACUUCGCGACCAUCGCCUAUACAAAGAAUAGAGAAACCUCAAACAUCUAAUUCCAGCUCAGAAAUACCUAUGAGUGCAGCUCAACUGAUUGGAUCCAGGCUAAAUACCUUGUCAACAAUGGGACAAAUAAGAAAGUCGCCAACCGUGUCACCUAUUAAUUCACCUGUGGGAAUACAAAACCCUAUGAUGAAAUCUCCGGCACAGUCUCCUCUUAUAAACAAUCAAACAUUUAAUAUAAACGACGAAUCUCAUAAUACAACCAUUACUUCUCAAAUGAUGCAAAUGCCAGCAUUAUCAAAAAUUCACAAUAAUCCUUCAACAUCUUCUUUAAUGCAUUCUAGUAAUAUUACGACUACAAGUGUUAGUAAUUAUCCUAAACCACAAUCAUUGCCAACUAGUAUAUUAGGACACACUUUACUGCAACCUACCAGGCAAAUAAGUACAAGUAAUUUACAAUUUAAUCCUCAAAAUAUCAGUUCCAGUCAACCGCCAGCUUUGGUAAUGACUUCAAGGGCAAUCAUAGGUAAUAAAGAACCUGCUCCUAAUGUUACUGUUCGGACACAUAGUAUUGUCAGUACUGGCAUGGGGCAAAUACAACAGAAACCUGCACAAGGUCCCAUUAGUUUUGUGACUUCGUCGAAACUUUUACAUACGCAACUAACUUCACCACUAAAACGAUCGAAAUCAACUGACGAACCAAAGAGUGAUGUCAUUGUCGGCCAUAUUCAACCUACCAAAAGACAUAGUGUGGAAUCGGUUAUAGUUAAAUCUGAACCAAUGGAAACUGAUGAAUCUAACAAUAUGUCUGCAAAUGCAACAGAUAAUUUAGGUAAUAAAAUAAUUCAACAAAAUUCAGCGAACCAAAGAAACGAUGAGUCACAGAAUGUUUUAUUAAAACAGUUACUACAGACAACUACUACUACAUCAACAGUUGUUCCACAAAGAACAGUUACAAUACAAAGAAGUGCCCCAGCCUUAGGUACUAUUCCAUCGUUGGAAGCUCAGUUAGCAAGGCCUGCAAUACCGCCACCAACUCUAGCUUUAACUCAAGAAGUGGAAAUACCAAAGAGUUCACCUCGACAUAUUAUAACGACUGUAAGUUCACCUUAUUCCAAUCGUCCUAUUCAGACUUCAAUCCCUACAUCUGCAAUGUCCCCCUUGAUCUUGACACAAUCCUUAAUGGAUGUAAGAAAGACUCCAAUGAAAUUUAUAAAUAAAGAAGAAACAACCCCUUUACCAGAAUGCUCGCCCACGAUAAAAACUAUACCUGUGUAUCCUACAAGUAUAGAAAACCAACAACUUCAACAAACCAUAAAGAAAGAAGUGGCUCCACCACAACAAAGCCCUAUACACCGUCCUUUUACACCACUGGACGUUAAAAAGGAACUUCUCGACGAAAGCUCGCAGCAAUCUGCGACAUCCGGCGUUUCUACCGCUUCUGAUCAAGGUAAAUUGGAUCAGCCCAUGAAAGAGGAGUUUCCUGAAAGUGUUACUAUGGAGAGUUCGUCAGAUAUCAAUCCCUCAGAAACUCCAUCUGAAGCUAAAAGACGUAAACGACGAGAAUAUCAACAAAAAAAGAGAAAACAAAUGCAACUGAAUAUGAAGGCGGCUGCUGAAAAUAACAUGAAUGCUGUUAACGCCAAAAAAAGACCUCGGAAAGGUUCGCGAUAUGAAGAAGAUUACGAUACCUUCAUUGAUAACUUGAUGGCCCAACUAAGAUUACUUCCUGCAAUGCAAAUACAGGAACCUGCUUUAACUACAAACUUUGCGGUUUGUCCGUUGUUUGGAUCCGGAGAUUUAACGAAACUGAAAAAUAAAGAUUACGAUAUUUUGAAAGGUGAUUUAUUGGGUGACUUUGGUAAUGCUAAAAUACCGAGCGUGGCUGAUUAUUAUAAUACCAAACCAUUUGGAGAUGAGGAACCGCUACCUGAAAAACCUGCGUCAUCAACACAAAGAGGAUUUUAUGAUCAAGAAUUCCAACCUAUUGUAUUUGAUGAAGAUCCUGAGGACAAGAAACUUGAUUUUAUUUGUAAAGAGAGAGAUACUGAUACCCCCGACACUAUAGUAAGUUGCUCAAGUCCGGAGGGAUAUGAUAUUGAUCAUGAUGAUAGAUUCCCAUACCUUAAGCCAAUUGAUAAUGAAGAUGAUGAAGAGGACGAAGAAUCGUCUCUAUCAGGGCGUGUUUCACCAGAUUUACCUCUAGUAGCUCCUAUACCAAUAAGAGUUAAGCCGCUCUCGUUAUACCAAUUGAAAGAUGAAGAAGAUAAUCAGAAAUCGUUGAAAACUUUAGACACCGAAGCUCCGCUUAAAACAAAAUUGGAAGAUUCUCCAAGUAGUACGGAAAGCAACGAAAAUGUUACGGUCACUCUCACUCUAACAUCUGGUGCAGCAGAAGAUAUUCUUGGUGUAUUAAAGGAGCUUGCAGGAAUAUUGCACAUACCGCCGCCCACUUCGUAUCAAAUUAUAGAACGGACGGCCACUCCGCCGUCUCAUAAACUCGGUCUCUACAGAUCUAAAGGUAAAGAUGGCAAGGAAGGGACGCCGAUUGAUAUUCAAAGUAUUCUAAAUGGAGCGGCAAAAUUCUGCCGCCACUGUGACGUUGUGAUUUUGGAUUCUGUCGUUAGAGCAAAAGCGUCAGAAUUUCCUCUUUUAUCUGCUAACAAAGGAAACGCAGAAGAAAUCUUGUGUGAUAGUGAUUCAGAGUUAUAUUUCUGCAGUACACAGUGCUACGAGAGGUUCGCUUGGCGACCAACAAACAUUAUUUUAGAUGGAAAAUCAAAAACGAGCAUGAGAGAAGACAGCAAAUCUGAUAUAGAAACAAAUUUAUCAAAAGACAGAGAUGACUUUGACACUGCUUCAACUGAAAGCAUGGAAACCGAUGAGUUAGAUAUUAAACCUGACAUAAAAGACGAGAAAAUGGACUUCUCAUUCAUUGACUCGUUAGACAAUGAUGAGUUGAUGAAGGAAGUCGGCGACGACGUCAGCGCCCUCGAUGACGACCUAAAAAGUAUCGAGACGGACGAGAAAAGCAAUCAAAGCGUCGAAAAAGAGAAAUUUAGAGGAACACGGUACAAAACUUGGUCACCGGGCUGCAUCGGUCCACCGAUUAAGUACAAACGCCCAACCGAUCGAGAACUGACGGAGUUAGUCUUCAGAACUGGAGUAGCGAUUAUGCCGGUCACUAACGAAGAUUCGAGGAAAUGUGAAUUGUGUGGCAUUCAGGGAGACGGAGUCGCUGACGGUGUAUCGCGGUUACUGAAUUGUGACGUCGACCGAUGGGUUCACCUCAACUGUGCUCUUUGGUCGGAGGGCGUGUACGAGACAGUGAGCGGUGCACUGAUGAACGUGGACUCCGCGCUGGCGAACGGCUCCAACGCGACGUGCGCCGUGUGUCGGCGGCUGGGAGCGACCGUGCGAUGCUUCAAGGUGCGCUGCGGGAGCGUGUACCACGUCGGUUGUGCCGUGAAGGAGAACUGCGUGUUUUACAAGAACAAGACUGCCUUCUGCGCUUCGCACGCACCUAAGAACGAGAAGGACAACGAGCUGACGACGCUGAGCGUGGGGCGGCGCGUGUUCGUGUGCCGCGACGAGCAGCGCCAGGUGGCGUCCGUGAUGCUGCACUCCGACACCAACCACCUCAUCCGCGUGGGCGGCCUCAUCUUCCUCAGCCCCGGCCACCUGCUGCCGCACCAGCUCGCCGCCUUCCACACGCCCGACUACAUCUACCCCAUUGGAUAUAAAAUCGUGCGGUUCUACUGGUCCAUGCGGCGCGCCAACAGCCGCUGUCGCUACGUGUGCUGGAUCUCGGAGGAGGAGGGCCGGCCGCGCUUCCACGUGCGCGCGCAGGACGAGGCGCAGCAGGAGCUCAGCGCGCCCACGCCGCGCGCCGCCUGGGCGCACGUUUUGGACGCAAUAGCAGUUUUAAGGGAGGGCAGAGGAGAAGAGGGUGUUUUGAAGCUAUGGCCGAACUACGUGACUGGAGAAGAUCUGUUUGGGCUGACUGAGCCUGCGGUAGUCAGAGUACUGGAGAGUUUACCAGGUAUCGAGACCCUGACGGACUACCGCUUCAAGUUCGGGCGCUCGGCGCUGCUGGAGGGCGGACUGGCCGUGAACCCGUCAGGCUGCGCGCGCAGCGAGGCGCGCUGUGCCCGCGUGUGGCGCCGGCCCGCCGCGCGCUCGCUGCAGCCCGCGCCCCCGCCCCCGCUCGACGCGCUGUCGGCGCACCCCGCCUGCCCCUACUCCAAGCAGUUUGUGCACACCAAGAGCAGUCAGUACAAGAAGAUGAAGCUGGAGUGGCGCAACAACGUCUACCUGGCCAGAUCAAAAAUCCAGGGGCUGGGCCUGUACGCGGCGCGCGACCUGGAGAAGCACACCAUGGUCAUCGAGUACAUCGGCGAGAUCAUCCGCUCCGAGCUCUCGGAGAUUAGAGAGAAACAAUACGAAGCUAAGAAUCGCGGCAUCUACAUGUUCCGGCUGGACGAGCGGCGCGUCAUCGACGCCACGCUGAGCGGCGGGCUGGCGCGCUACAUCAACCACUCGUGCCAGCCCAACUGCGUCACCGAGAAGGUGGAGGUGGACCGCCAUCUGCGCAUCAUCAUCUUCGCCAAGCGACGCAUCGCGCGCGGGGAGGAGGUAAUCAUCAUCAACAUCAUCGACAUCAUCGACGCCACGCUGAGCGGCGGGCUGGCGCGCUACAUCAACCACUCGUGCCAGCCCAACUGCGUCACCGAGAAGGUGGAGGUGGACCGCCAUCUGCGCAUCAUCAUCUUCGCCAAGCGACGCAUCGCGCGCGGGGAGGAGUUGGCCUACGACUACAAGUUCGACAUCGAGGACGACGCGCACAAGAUCAUGUGCAUGUGCGGCGCGCCCAACUGCCGCAAGUGGAUGAACUGAGACCAAAGUGAUACUACUCUACUACUACUACCACUACUGCUACUAAUACUACUACUACUACUACUACUACUCGUAAGCGAAUCUAUCGUUAUAGUUAAGCGCUUCGGGUGAGUCCACAAUACUAUACUGUAGCGUAAAAGGCAUCGUAGAGUGCGAGUAAGAUAAGUCUGCUCGCGUGGCGCUCUUGAUGCCAGCCUUUACCGCUAUCUCUUUUACCCGCCUAGAAAUAGAUAGAGAUAGACGACAACAUAGCGGCAUUUCAUUAGUUCUUAAUUUUGACACAAUUCUGACUAUUUCGAAAUGACAUUUAUGUGUUUCAUGAAUAAAUGAAAGAAUGAAACAGAAAGGGAUAUUUUUAUCCAUUAGGAAAUAUUACUUAAUAGGAAAUAACUUCAGACAUUGUAAAUAGGAUAGAUGAAAUUAUUCAAAAUCUUUUAAAGAAUUGAGUCUAAUAUCUCGUCAUAAAGGAAAUACCAAAAUUACCUAAUACAUUUAAAAAGCCUAUUAUAAUACACAAAUAAAAAUAUGAAUGGUAAUAUUGUGCAGAUUGUAUGGUGCAUCGUCGCAUUGUAGUGUUGUGGCCUCGCCCUUAUCUUUUGUAUAAUAAAAGCGACGUGUGAUCUUAUUUAUAAAAUGAGGCAAAGACAAUAUAGUCACAAUUGUACAUGAACAGUGCCCGUAGUACGAGUUUGGAUAAAUCGAAAACGUUUAUGGUUUUCGUGUGAUAGAAUGAAAUAAAGAUUUAUGAUUUUUUUUUAUAUAGUACUGUACUAUCUAUUUUUAUAUCCCAAAGAUUACGCUGGCUAUGGGUUGAGUUUUCGAAAACAAUUCGUACUAGGGUCUUACAAUUCAAAAAUUUAUUAAUUUGAGAGUCUUGUAUUGGAAAGGAUUGUACAUACGAGUAAAAAAAAUCAUUUUUGUUAUUAAUUUUUAACGUGUUUUUUAGAUGUGAAUGUUCCAAAAUUAUACGUAGUUUAAUUUUAUAUUAGUGGUUAGAGGAUUUUUUUCUUUUAUCACCGCUUUUUUUUUAUAAACUUUGACAUUUAUCAUAAUGAUACAUAUAUUUUGUUAAUCGGGUAAAAUUUUAUUCACUGUUGGUAUCGAUCGAUCGUCGUUUAUAUUAUUAAUUAUUACUAUUGUGACGUAAAUUAUUAUUUAGUAUCAUUUAAUAAAAUAUAAAUAAUUGUGAAGCAAUCAUCUACUGCUUCGUUAUUAUUAAAUUAUAUAUUAAUAACAUAUUUCUUUUUUUUAGAAUUUAAACUAUCGUGAGUGUUAUUCAUAUUAAUUGAUUAUGAAACACGGCUAAAACUCACGUGAUAUUACGUCGGAGUAUGCCCGACUAGUUUCGAACCCAUACGGGGCCCUUAGUCAUAUUUCUUUAUGAAUGACUAUCUCAGUGGUGAAAAUAUAAAGUGUUAGGUUAAGUUACCAAUUACUAUAUAUUGUAUGCAUUUAGUGUCUGUAGCAAAUGUUGUUAUAGUACAAGCUCUCGAAAUGUACAGUGACUUUCUUUUAUUGAGAUUAUUAAUGAUUGAUAUUAAUGAUUAUAUUGUUUUGCAGUUAAUGUACUAAAAAAACAAGGUCUCUAAAUAUUUUUAAUAAUAUUCUGUUAUUAUUAAUAUAUAACAAAGUAGGUAUUAGAUAUCGAGUGUUUAUAACAUAAUAUACUUAAUUUGAAAGUGAUAUAUGAAAAUAAAGAGCCCAGGGGUGAGAAAAAUCGUUAGAAAAUCCAUUUAGAUAAAAUUAUAGUGACCUAAUAGGUGGAUAUAUCGGCAUAAAAGUAUCCUAGUAAUACAAAAUGUGAACUAAGAGUUUUUUCGUCAAAUUUCAUCAAAAUCUGUUAAGCCGCUUUGUGUGAUUGACUGGAGACACUCAAACACAUAAACUAACUUUAAAUAAGAGGUUGUUGUUUGACCAUAUAUUAGUAUGUAUAUCCCAUGAAUUCGAACUACUGAUUCAAUUUUGAUGAAGUUUACAGGUCCUUUUACAAAAUGUGGAGACGGUUUUAAUACAUUUUUUUUAAUUCUUUACAAGUUAGCCCUAAGAACUACAAUCUCACCUGGUGGUAAGUGAUGAUCCAAUCUAAGGUAGAAGCGGGCGGGACUUUGUCGGUAGUAUGAUAACUGACCACGGCCAAAGCCUCCCAUCAGCCAAACUAAUUAACACUUACGCUGCGGCACUGAUUUUUCUGUACUUUCCUUUGGUGUUGUACGAGGUCUAUCGACCUCGUAACUCUUGAAUACGCUAGACGUACAAGGUCAUUUGACCGCACCGCAGCGAACGUGUUAAGAAAAACCUCAUUCGGCCCAGGUGGGGAUCGAACCCAUGACCUUCGUCUUGUAAAUUAACCACGCAUACCACUGCGCCAUGGAGGCCUUCAAAAUGUAUAAAUUGUAUCUUUGAUUAAUAAUCUCGAUGAGGGAGAGUCACGUAGUCGGGAUCUGAGACCAUUAGCUGUUCGUAUGUAAUACCACAUCGUGCCUGACCAGUUUUAUAUGUACACACGUAGGGAUCUAGUUCGUACGUAUCAUUAAUUACUUACGUUAAAAAUUACAUGAAAUCACAAAAAGUAUUUACUUUAUACAUAUUUCAACAUAAUUAGUUACCCUCCACGUAUCUCCUAUAAAGCCUUUUAAUUGGCUAUGUAAAUAGGCUGAUAACGAAGUAACUAUUAGUAAGUUCCUUAUCGUCCCUACUAGCGUAACCUACUUCUGUUGUGCGCAGUGUAGAGCCCUGCUUACAGUGGCACGCACUUCAUUGAUGCAUAAAUGCAUUGCCUACCCCGAAAACUCACUACCAAUAGGCUGGUUGAUACUUUUUUUAAAGGGUCUUCAAUUGUUCAUUAGUGUUCUACUAGAUUUAAAAAAAACAUAUUUUUUGCAUCAACACUUUAAUUUUUAAAUGAUUUUUUGACAAUACGAGCCAUAAAGCUGUCGGCCAUGAUGACGUCACGUUAACACUAAGUCUUAACCAAACGAAAGAUUUGACUUAAUGAUUAGAUAUUAAUUAGUUUGACGUUUAUUCCUCUAGUGACAUCAAGUAACAUGUGACGUCACAAAAUGGACGACAGCGUUUUUGACAUUUGGAAAAAUUUAUUAAAUACAUGAUUUUUAAAUUAAGUUUUCUAUGAAAUCCUUCACUUUUAUUGAUUGAUAUCGUUGUAUUUCGGACCCUUAUUCCAUGUAAUAAAAUAUACAUUGUUUAAAUUAAAGUUGAUAUUAUGCUUCAACUACCCUAUUGGUGAAGGUGAAUUGAAAUCUUUAAUUUUAUAUUAUCUGUACGUAAUGCAUACCCUAGUUAAAAACCUUAUGCACGCUACUGCCUGUUUAUCGCUUUUGUGCAUAUUUGAGUUCGUGUAUAUUCGUUUGUAUAAAAAUGUAUCGGAGGCGGUCGUUACUAGGAAAUAAAUUAGUGAGAAAUGUUUUGUAAUGUAAUAAAAUAUGAAAUUGGAAGCUGCAUUAGUAUAGUUGGGUUUUCUUGCACGCUAAGUGUUUUCAAUUACCAGAUACACAAUAUAUGAUAUGAAAUACUCGAGUAUUUAUGUUUUUUUUUGUAUGUAAUGUUUUUAUCAGAGAUAUGUAAUUUUUUAUAAACACUGUAUUGUACAUUUUUUUUUUUAGUUUGGGAACACUUAGCGUAGGCUUUAAGGUAGUAAGAAUAGGUUGUACUCACCGGUGGCCAUCAGAGAAUGUUUUGUCAUGUGUAUGUAAUUAUUUUAAGUUUUAAACGUGCAAUAUCGAGUCAGUACCGAAAUUGUAAAUAUUGAUCAUUCUGCAAGUAAGAUCAUUUGAAGAUUUAAUUGAUAAUCGAUAAUCAUGUAUUAGGUUUAUUAUCUAUAAUUUAAUGCGUUGUAGACAAUUUAAGUGAUAGUUUUCUCUAUGCUUUUCCAUCGAUUUAUUUAUUGAAAGCAUUCCCAUGUGUUUGAAACUAAAAUGGAACUGACUACCUUCACUGCGGGAUUUUUCGAGUGCUAGUGAAAUUUUGUCUUUUAGAAAUAUUCUAUACUUUAAAUAUUUUUAUUGUCAUAUUAUUUUCCUUCAUUAAAACUUUUAAGUACAUA